AUGAAUACUAAAAGCUCUCAUUUGAACAUCAUCAUUACUAACACUCAACGAUAUUCAAUGAUGAGUGAAAAUGUUAAGACAUUUGUUGCUGAUAAGAUAAAGAAAGCAAAAUUGUCUCAUCACAAAAAUGUUUACGACAAUGUCAUCACCAUUAUCAUUGACAUAAGAAUAAGAUUAAAUGGAUGGAAACCAGAAUAA